UACGUUACGGAUCUCCCCUAAUCGUCCUAGGUUGAGGAGGGAAUGGUACGCAGAUUCCGGCUGCUCUCCUCAGACGAUGAAACUCGAUAUGUCUGCAUUGUUUGCUAUAGGGGAAUUGGCACAUAGGGUUUGAAACAGCACUCUCCAUGCUACUCCCAUCAAGUCUCACGGUACUACCGUCUCUACCAUUGAUGCCUCACAACUUACCACGGCAGAUCAAGUGGGGAUAACGUCUAUGUAACCACAAGUGUAGAACUUGUAUGGAGUUUAUAACUUAACGUUUCCCACAGGAUCUCCCGCGGAUCGCCCCACUUAAAGCAGUGAGUCUCUGUGUUCAGACAAUACAAGAUGAGCCGCUACAGUCUACAGUGGUUUAAUUAGUUGUGACUGUAGCCUGGCGUGUACAGACCGUAGUGACCUAAAUCUCGGGAUUUAUCGUGUUAAAAAGCUUGGUGCAGUAGAACUUGUAGACAACUCUUGGAAAUACAACGACGGCUUUAAUUAUUCUCCCAUCCACAAACACUCAGUGAGAGACGAUUUUGGAUACAGAAAUCCAGCUGAGGCCGUUGACCUGACAUUAGAUGAUCUUCUGUUCAAAUCGAAGGGAUUUUAACUGGUCGUCUGCUACCAAUUACUACGUUAGCGUAGUGUACAUCCUGCCAGGCAGUCCCGUAGCUUUGUUUCCUGCUGUUGAAAUUGGAUGAGAAUGGUUGUUGUGCACACUACUUUUGUGUAUUUCUGUUCUCUUCCGGCGUAGAAAAAAACUUUUGACAGAGGUUUUGGCUGGAUCAUCUACAACUCGUCUUCAGAGAUACGGGGCGAGUUUUAUAGACGGUAUAUCUUAUGACGGGGCCACAACAUGGAAUCGUGAACAUGAGUUCUGACAGAUUAUCUUCGGGUGCCGGGGAUUACUACUCGAGAGAAAGUUUUCCAUGAUGGAACUACUGUGCAUGUGGAAACACCACGUAAGCUGUCUUUAAUUUGUGUAGUAUGAUAAACUCAAAUUAUAAUAAUGAAAUAAGGCGAGGGUAUAUCUGUGAUAUACAUGGCGUGAUGCUGGCUCGUGUGCUGCGUCAGUGCGGAAAAGUUAUAUUUAGAAUGAUGGUUCGGUGAAUAGAGAAGGGAUCAUCGCUGCCGCGGAUUAUACAGCCGUAGGGUAUGCGUUGUGUUCGCACAAAACACUGUAGCCUCGCGUUCCUGUUGUUUCCAUCGUAUUUAUAGAUAUGAAAUAACAUAUCUGCUUCCCUCAUCACCGGCUUGGUCUACACACUACUGUGGACGUGCAACUGUGUGUAUAUAUAACCAAGGCAAAUUGUUCAUGGUGUUGGAGAGAAUUGUAAAGUUAUAAGCCAAACCUACAAUGGAAAUUGUAUCAUUUACUUCCAUUAUCACCAUCAGCGAAAAUUCCACGACCACAAUCUUAAACGAAAAACUACAGCUAGCAGCCUAGUGUAAAGAAUGGCCUAUAUAGCAGGAUUUGAAGACGAUAAAUACUCAGAUGGAUAUAUCAGAAUUUUAUCUUUAUAUUAUAUACUAGGAUCGUAGAAUGUACAGAAGCUCAGUACGGCCGGGCAACUGUACACCUGUACACGCGUUCCUGACCGCUAAACCUCCAAAACCGCCGUGCUGGCUUGACCUUAAAGUUCAGAAUCAGCGGGCUUCCUCGGAUGAAGGAGGGUCAAAAAGUUCACCUGUGUCACAGCAGCAACAAAUUAACGUCAUUCCUCGGUCGUCAAAACCGGGGAAGCGCAUGCGUGCUAAAAUACAUCGGACACGUAGCCAGUAUUGUAUAGAGUCCGAAGAUCUUCCGGACGAAGUGGAAAUGACAAUGAAUCUCGCGGAGACGACACCUAAGGAAAUUGGUCUCCGGAAACAAAUGUAUGAUGACAGUGUUUACAUGCAAGAGACGACACGAAAGUGUCAGAACUGGCUUGAUAGUCUCGAAGCGUGUGGACCACCGGAAACGGUGACGUCAUCAGGGUCUGAUGCCCUGUCGGAAGGUUGUGACAGCCAGGUGGACGUCGAAGUCCCUGACGACACUAUGUGGUAUGAUGAUGACCCGGAUGUACGACCACCGUAUAACAGUAGUACGUCAAGUUCUGACGAUGAACGAACAACUGUACAAACUAAACAUAUUCCAAGAUCUCUACAAUCUACAGUUACUCCCGAUAAGUCGUCGUGUUUGAAAGGCUCGAGUAAAAAAUACCAUUAUCGAGGUAUUGUUGCCGGGGAUACAGGGCUGUGAUAUACAUUUACAGUAGUAUGGUGCAAUGAGUUUAACCUUUUAAAUGAUCCGUGUGUCGUCACGUCAGCAUUAAUGUGGUACACAGUGAUACUAUGUAGUACGAUGCUAGUGUUGUCUGUAUGUGUACCAUUAUAGCAAUAGCAAAGUGUCAAUGGGUUUAAAAUAAGAAUUUACGAAACAUUAUGUUGUUACAAAACUCAGCUAUUGUGUUCAUUCUCAAACUGAUUAAAAUGAAAUAUAUUGUCAUGGAAUUUUUAUUACACAACAAAACAUCUUAUUUUAAUUUGGAUGAGUGAACACAAUAUAUGAGGAGGUUAUCAUGAGAAAAGAAAUUGAUAUGAUACAAUACGUUUUAAAAGCUCCCUCCACCUUGAAUAAAUAUGGUUUUCCAGAAUAAGAGUUAAGUGUAUAAACAUUACCCCCUUAUCAAAACAGUGUGCUUUCCUCCUGAAUCCUCUUUGAUUGACCACAGUAUCACCAGAUACAUUAGUGAAAUAGGUUGUUAACUUAAAAGACUUUAAAAUAAAGAAUUUACAUGCAUUUUCAGAGUAAUGAUAUUUUUUCUUGAAUAUCUCCAUAAACUAGCUGUUUAGCUAAAUGGGAUGGUUUUGAAUUUCAACACAUGAUUGAUUAUAUAAAACAUACUAGUUUGGAUAGGAAGCUAACUAAGCUUAAAUAAAUUGCAUUUAAAUAGUUGGCGAAAGACCAAGUUACUUUACUGCAAGUUUAGUCAUCUUGAGGGCAACAUUUUGUGAGUUGGUAUAUAUCUGUAUAUAUAUCUUAAAUCGGUAAUGAAGUCACCGCUCUAGAUGGACCUAGAUAUUAGAAUCUUUAAGGGGGAGUUAAAUCAAGCUUUGCCUGUUGUAUAAUUCUGAUUUGUUAUCGUCAUAUAUUUCAAAUGUCUACAACUGAAGAAAAAUAAAUAUUAACAUUUUUGAAAAGCAACAAAUACACAUCUUAAUUUGACUCUGCUAGUCGCUAGAUGAAGGUAGGGUUUAUAACUUUCUCUGUGAAAGUAAAUAAAACAUUGAUCUUGUUGAUAGAGUUCUUGUCACGUUCACCAUAACACAUACAUAACAGAAAUGAAAGAACGACUGGAUAAUAAUCAAAGUUGAACCACCAAGAUCAAUCAUUAAAUUUAGUAACAAUGUUCAAUAAUUUUACUCAUUCUUAACGGGUUUCAUUUAUAUUGAAAUAUUGUUGCAGGUUAAGACCUUGUGUAACGUUACAUUGUUAACUCCAAUUAACAUGGAGACAAUUGGUUAGACGGGACGUUGGUUUAGGAACUACUUUUGAUAAGUAGCUGUGACUAUUUAUUGUGUAAACAAUACAUCACACCUAGCCUUUGAAUUCAAUCAAGUAAAUGACUUUCACAGAUUUGUGAGUAUACGUACAAUCACAUGUGUGCCUAUUACGUUCAUCUUUGAAGCCAGCAAAUAUAUAUAAUAAUACUUUUAGAAGAAAAUAUCCGGGCUCCUGUACCCUUCUUCAGCCUCACUGAGGACACAAGCCCUGACUUAUCUUACAUGACUUUCGAAUCAAAAUGGACAAAGCAUGAGCUAAACGUCUUGAUUUAUGCCAUGUCCAUUUUUAAAUUUGAUUCAAAAAGAACAAGGAAAGAAUUAAGACUAUUUUUCCUCUUUAAAAACUGAGAAGGGCAGGAGCGUGGAAAAUGUAUACAGAGAGUUGAAUGAUAUUUCUAUGGCAUUUGUUUAGACAUGUUUCCCUUUUGCAGGCUGUUCAAAGUUAUGGCAUACAACAAUUAUGUAUUGCAGUUUUCAUUUUUCUAAAAGCAAUACUUUUGUUUUACUAUUUCCAACGGAAAUACAACAGAAACAAGCUAUGCUAUCUCUUAUUUUGUUUCCGUACUUUAACAAAUAUAGUUUGUUUAGUUACAUAAACGACUCGUCAACAAGAGAGAGAGAUAUCCUUCUAGCAUACUACUGCAUUGGGCUGUAUGUCUGACCUAUGUAUAGUUUAUUGUAGAUAUCACAAUAAGGUAUGAUGAAUGUAAGCUUUCCUUAAGCAGUCUGAAUAGUGAAUAAUUAAUUGAAGAUGUUCUAAUGAGGUAUGGACUAUGUAUAAUGAAGAUGUCCUAAUAAGGUAUGAACAAUGUAUAAUGAAGAUGUCCUAAUAAGGUAAGAACAAUGUAUAAUGAAGAUGUCCUUAUAAGGUAAGAACAAUGUAUAAUGAAGAUGUCCUAAUAAGGUAUGAACAAUGUAUAAUGAAGAUGUCCUUAUAAGGUAAGAACAGUGUAUAAUGAAGAUGUCCUUAUAAGGUAAGAACAAUGUAUAAUGAAGAUGUCCUAAUAAGGUAUGAACUGCGCAUAAUUAAUUGAAGAUAUCCUUAUGAUAUAUGAACAAUGUACGAAGAAAAUGUCCUGAUUAAGUAUUGCACGUGACGACACACGGAUCCAUGAUGUUGAUAGUUCUGUGAGAUUGUGUACGGAAUUGUGUACGAAUUACUGGUUGUUUGAGUUGCAAUAUUUCCUUGUCUUGAAACGGGUGAAAUAUUAUAGAUGAUUUAUAUUUUAUUGUCAAUUGAUAAGUAAAAUUGAAUAUAUAAUGUAAAUAAUAGAUUUAUACAUCUAUAUAACAUUAUAUACGUAUAACACACUAUACAAAUAACAACUAAUGAAAUAAAAUAAUGGAAUGGUU